CAGGUUAGUCCCACGCGAAAUUGAUCCAACCAUGCGAAAACGAGUGUAUUCUGAUUUCUGUCGCAGAUACUUCUGGCUAGUGCAGUACCUACACGGUGGUUGUUGAAAUAGCCGCUUCUCAUCUAUUUUCCGCAGCGCGGACAUCAUCCUUUGAUCCCUUACGACUAACGAAGUUUUCGAAGAUGUACGGCAGCUUGAGAUUCUACUUGAAAAUGAUCAUGAUUGCGGUCUGUGUGCCGUCUGCUCUUCUUUUUGUCCUUCCGUUAAAGACUGAGUACUUUCCAAAAUACGCCGAGAGUAUUCCUGAUGGUGAAACGAGCGUUGCUUCAUCGAACGCAGCUAAAGAAAACAACAUCUAUGUAGUUGGUGGUACGAUGCCUGAAAUAGAGGGCGAUAAAUUGUACAAUACCUGUACUAUUUGGGGUCCCGAUGGAACUUUGAUAGCAAAACACCGAAAGGUACAUCUAUUCGACAUCGACAUUCCUAAUAAGAUUACUUUUCGAGAGAGUGAUUCACUCAGUCCUGGUAACUCCCUAACGACGUUCGAUGUGAAGGGCUGCAAAAUAGGUAUUGGCAUAUGCUAUGAUAUUAGAUUCGAGGAAAUGGCACGCAUUUAUCGGAACAAAGGUUGCCAAAUGCUGAUAUAUCCAGCGGCAUUCAAUAUGACCACUGGACCACUGCACUGGUCAUUACUUCAGCGUUCCAGAGCGAAUGAUAAUCAAUUAUACGUUGCUUGCAUAUCACCGGCUCGUGUUCCUUCAGCAAGUUACGUCGCAUGGGGGCAUACACAGUUGACCAAUCCCUGGGGAGAGAUUCUUUACGAUUUGGAAACUCAAGAGAAUAUGGCAGUCACCGAUAUCGAUCUAAAAGUUGUUGAGGAAGUAAGGGCUCAGAUACCUACAUUUUCUCAGAGACGUACAGAUUUGUACGACACUGUCUGUAAGAAGGAGUAACUCUACACUAAAACAGAAAAUGUUUUUUUAUAAUAUUUCUACUACAAUAUCCUUUUUUUGCGAAUUAUUACUAAUUUCUUAUCAUUUGUACUAAAUGAAUGACUCAAUUAAGAAAACCAAAACGUUAUAAAUAAUAAUCUGUAUAUCUUGUGUAUCAACAUGUAAUUGGAUAUUAUAAUAAUAUAGGAAUGCUAUAAUAAUAUAGGAUAAUAAUAUAGGAGAAUAGAAUAAUAAUAUAUAAUAAUAAUAUGCUUUUAAACACCUUUAA